CCUGCAGAUCGCUGAUACGGUAAACCACGUUUCCUCUUCCUUUCUCUCCGCAGAUAUCGAAAUUUCUCCAAUUCCCCAAUCUCUCAUCUUCCCUCCCAAUCCCAAUUUUCUCCAAUUCCAAUCUAAACCAAUCCCAAUCCAAACAAGUCCCGAUUUCUCCCUUUUGAUUGCCGAAAGCAUGGAAGUGAAGCUCUGGCACGACAAACGGGAGCGAGAGAUGUACGACAACUUCGCAGACCUAUACGCCAUCAUCAAGGCCACAGAAAAGCUUGAGAAGGCCUACGUACGGGACAUCAUCCCACCGUCCGAUUACGAGCCCGAAUGCCUCAAGCUCAUCGCCCAAUUCAAAACCCUAGCCUCUUCCCUAAAGGACACCGUUCCCAGCAUCGACCGAUUCGUCGAUACCUACAAGAUGGACUGCCCUUCUGCCCUAAACCGUCUUGUUGUCUCUGGCGUCCCUGCCACGGUCGAGCACCGUGCCACAUCGACUGCAUCGUCUACCUCGUCGGCUGCCACCGUCGCUGAGUGCGUGCAGAACUUCAUCACGGCCAUGGACUCGCUGAAGCUGAACAUGGUCGCUGUUGACCAGGUUCACCCGUUGCUCGCAGACCUGUCCGGGUCGUUGAAUAAGCUCAGCAUCCUGCCACCGGAGUUCGAGGGGCGGACGAAGAUGAAAGAGUGGAUAUCGAGGCUGUCUAAGAUGGGGGCUGCAGACGAGCUGACUGACCAGCAGUCGAGGCAGCUGCAUUUCGAUCUUGAGUCGUCGUAUAAUGCCUUCAUGGCUGCGCUGCCCAACACCGGUGGUUGAUUGGGUGUUUGUUUAAGCACGAAUCAUGGCAUGUAAAUCAAGAGUCAAAUGCACUUGUAAAGGAAUGAGGUAAAGUAAAUUGUAAUCAUUACAAUUUCACAUUAUAAAACUAUCAUUUUCAUAGUGAUUUUUGGGUUUAACAAAGGAAGGAGGUAAAGGAAGGAGGUAAAGUAAAGUGUAGUCAAAUAUAACCAUUACCCAUUUACAACCAUUUAUUAUUGUAAUUGGAAAACGUUUUCAAUGAUUUUAUUAAAAUAACAUGAGCAACAGUAUUAAAGCAGCUUUGUUUCUGGUUUUUUUU